UGACGUGCACUGUUUUCUGGGAUGUUGGGUCUUGUAUCAACGUUAAGGCGAGCUUAUUGCCUCAUCGCUGUUGAUAGAGGCGGUAGGCACCUCUGAAAAAAAACGGUAAAUUUGUACUAGAGUACAUGAUGUAAAGAUGCCAGCCAUGUUUGUAACGUUGAAUUGCACAAGCUUCAUGUUGGUAUUAAUCUGCGAUAAUAAGUUUGAACAGCCUCGCUUCUGUGCUCAGAGGUGAUACACGAGAGCUUGACGUUUGGCAUGCUUGGAGGUAUUUGUGAUUAUGAUGUGGUGUUUGAGUUAAGAAGGUGAAGUUGGGGUGGUAUAGUUUAAGAUAUUUGCAUUAUCUUAAUUGUAAAACUUAAAGAAAAUAUGUCAGGAGAAGAGAUCAGCACAGAGAAGAAAUGUUGUGUUAGACAAGAGGCGAUUGAUACACUGAAUGAAAAAUUAAAUGAACUCUACAUAUAUCGAGAUCAUUAUUUUGAAAGACAUUCUUUGGAUAAAGCAGGCCAAAAGAAUGAUGAUGUGGAAAAUGAAAUGAAAAAUACAUUGAAUUGUUUUGAAAGUUUGAAAGGCAUGUAUGAAAGUGCUGAGCAAGAGAAUAGAACCAUGUACCUAUACCUAAAAGGCCGGGCUCUAAAUGUGAUGCCUCAGCACUCAAAAGAGGCUGAAGAAGUGUUGUCUCGUGCUGUUAAACUGGAUCCUAAGCUUGUAGAGGCAUGGAAUGAGCUUGGUGAAUGUUAUUGGAAGAAAGAUAACUUUGAAGAAGCCAAAAACUGUUUUUCUGGAGCUUUACUUCAUGCGAGGAACAAGGUCUCACUUCGAAACUUGUCAAUGAUUCUGCGACAAGAGAAAGUAGCAUCAGCGCAGCAGCGUUCUGACAAUAUUGAGAAAGGUGUGGCAUAUGCUAAAGAGGCGGUACAACUUGAUCCUAAUGAUGGCACUUCAUGGGCUGUGCUUGGCAAUGCAUAUCUGUCAUCCUUCUUCACACUGUCACAGAAUCCUCAAGUGCUUAAGUCAUGCAUUUCUGCAUAUCAGCAAGCGGAGAAGGAUAUUGUGGCUCGCAGCAACCCUGAUCUGCACUAUAACAAAGCAAUUGCUUUGAAAUAUGAAGAAGAGUAUGAACUGGCACUCGAGUCCUUCUCACGUGCCCAGGCCCUAGAUCCAACAUGGGAAGCCCCAAAGCAGAAGGAGAAGCAACUGGUCAAAUAUUUGGAUAGUGUUCAGGAACUUUUGUCCCUGAAAGGGAAACUGAAAGGAAAAAAGUUACAACAGAUGGUGCAGUCUAUAGAACCAAGGCAGUUGGGACCAUAUGGUGGAGGGUCCUACACUACCAGAAACGAGACUGUUCAGUUGGAGCCCAUCAUCUUGAAAAAGCUACAUUCGGGAAUUAACCUCGAGAAAGUCGUUCUUGGAAAAGUAGUAUGCAGUGUGCAUAAUGAUGAUGCUGUACCAUUCACAUUCUGUCUGGUUGAUAAAGAAGAAACCUGUAUGGCUGUGACAGUUUACAAUCUUGCACAAGGGAAGGGUGUCAUCAUUGGUGAUUCAGUGGCCAUACCAGAGCCUUACCUCACCGAAGUUCACUUCAAGUACAAACAAAAGGAAUGGAAUUUUUACUCUUUGCGGGUGGAAAGUCCAGUGGUGCUUGUGGUAAAUGGUCGCAAAGUUGGACGAGAUCAACAAGCCAGUGCGCAGCUGUCAACAUUUAAGAGAACUGAAUGAAAUCGUUGUUGAUGUCACAUUUGUCAUCUCUUGCUGUCUGUCAAAUUAACAGUAACACACACUUCAUAGUAACAUGGGGGUAAUUCAGCACAUGAAUCUGGGUGUCAUAUGAUAAGCUUUCAAUCCUGCAAUUGCCAUUUGAUUGAUUGUACAGUGUGGUGAGUUCCAUGAAGUUGUGGUUUCCAGUGGACUAAUUCUACUGUCCUCCGAGGAAAAGUAUGUAUGUGUAAGAGGGCACUCAUGACCCAUUUGAAGGUAGGAUCUCAUCAUUCAUCUGGAGAUGCUGAGAGAAGGUGACCAAAGUCUCUUCAGAAUAACCAUUAACACAACUGAGAUUGGAACAGGUACCCCUCAAGUCCAAAAGAAACACAAAACUGCUCAACUUUGUGUGUUUACGUAUUACUUUAUCUGUGAUUUUUAAAGCAAAGGUGUCUGUUGUCCGUAA